AUGUGUAGAGAUUCAACUGAUGGAUCAUUCAUAGAGUCGAGAGAUAAGAACGACUUUUAUAAUAUGGAUUCUUUCAACAAUAGUUAUGAACUGGGUGAUAGUGAACUUGAAACUGUUUCAUCCAACUUAAGCUCACCUUCAACAGAGGAAUCUCCUGACAGUCCAUAUAAAACAGAAAGUUCAUGUGAUACGGGUAUAUCUGCAUGUGAAAAGGGAUAUGUUUCUAUCUACGAUGGAGAUAUUACUAAUCAGAGUACAUUUGUUCAUGAUUUCCAUUUAGAUAAUUCUGACCGUUUUACAACAACAGAGAGUAAGAAGGAUACCAAAGCGCUUGUUUCUCCCCCUUCCAUUUCAUCAAAAAAAAAUUUAACUCUAUUACGGAAGAAGAAAGGUGAAUAUAAAAAGGAUGAACAGAAAAAAAACACAUUUAGAAAGUCCCUGGACCUUUUAAGAUGCUUUGAACACUUGGGAGUUAGUUACAUCGAUAAGGAUAGUGAUGAUAGUUAUUAUCAGAAUGAGUGUGAUGAAAUUCCUAGUGUCGAAGAUCAGAUAGUAGACAAAUCUUUACUUGAAAAGAACACUCCCAUAGAGGAUGAAAAGAUGGAAGAAAUGAAGAAAUAUGUAGUAAAGGGUAUAUUUAGCAUGACCGACGAAGAUGUAAAAAAUAUUACAAAACCUAAUAAAAUGAAUAGUUUAGAAUCUCUGUUUGACGUAGGGAAAAAUAUAGAAGAAGAAAACGAUGACUCCAUAGAAAAAAUAUAUAAUUCUUGUGUUGAAGAAUUAAUGGAUCAAACAAAAGAAUGUAUAUAUGGGGAGACAGAGGAUAAGGGAAAUAUUUUUGAUACAAGUGAAGGACUCGAUGUGAUAAAUUACGAAGGAGACAAUGUCAAUACGAAGGAAAAAGAACUACAGCGGUUAAAAUCAAUUUUUUGCUUGUAUAAAAAGAAGAAGGAAGAAAAAAAAAAAAAGAGGUUACUUCGCACAAGUUCUUUUGCCUACCAUAACAAAAAUGGGAGUAAAUCAGAACCCAUUGUUUCCAAGGAUGGGAACUAUUCAAAAAUGGAAAACAUGAUUAUUGGACAAAAAAAAAUAUUCGAUAACACGAGUUUACAAUCAUUGCCCAUUCAAUUUAUAGACCAAGGAAAUCCGUGA